AUGGAGUCUGGAAUGAAGUUUGAUUCACGUCGAGUUUGGUUCACUUCUGACGACCAUCAAAAUAAUCAAAAUGUUACACCAAUGGAAAGUGAAAAUGAUAAUGGUUUUAUAUUAGUUAAACGGAAUAAGAAAAAGAAAAAAAUUGAUCUUCCACAAAACCAACAACCUUCAUCUUCAUCUUCAUCUUCAUCAUGUUCUUCAUCACCAACAAUUUCAACAAAUGGAUCCACUUCUUCAACAAACACCAACAGCAUUAUUAGUUAUGUUCAACCGACAAGUGCUAUUGCUGUUCAUUUACAACCAAAUUCACGUGAAGUUAAUGCACCUGUUUCAAUUAUUAAUACAGUUAGUAUUGAAAUAUCACACCAAGCACGACAGUACGCGGAAACGUGUUACGCCUUUCCGCCAUUCAUCAUCAAAUUCCAACAAGACAUUAAUGAAAGUUCAAUAUUAAAGUAUUUAAUAUCUCAUUAUUCUUACAACUAUAAUUUCAAAUUGAAUUUCGCUGGUCAUCGAUUAAAAUUUAAACGUAAUCUAUUAUUAUUUGUUAAUGAUCGUGAAUCGUUUUCUAUGCUUUAUGAUGCAUCAAAAUGGCCGUCGACUAUCGAUUCACUCAAUUUUGAAAAAGUUUUACCUAGUCAUCUACCACCUCAAUUUUCAUUAGUUCUUAAAAAUGUUCCAUUUGAUACAGAAAUUGAUACAUUAUUAACAAACAUUAAAUCUAUUUACCCGAAUGUAAUUAAUGCUCAUCGAAUUCUUAAUAAAAAUCAACAACCUACCACAUUAGUUAGACUUGACAUUAACAAUAUAAACGUUAUUGAUGAACUUUUUGAUUUAAGUAACAACUAUGCUGAUCAAUUUACUCGUACACAACAAAUAAUUAUGAAUCACAAUCGUGAUAUACAAUUGCAACAAAUCGACGGUGCAUUUCAACGUGAUUUCGUAAGUCAAUUUAUCUCUCCAAUUUGUCAAGUAAUGGUAGAAGUGAUCCCGGUCUUAGUCAAACAAAAUGUUCUGAAUGACAAAACCUUACUUUGUCCUUCGUUAUUAGCACUAUAUGCUAAGUUAGCGAAUGAUCUUCCGGUGUGGACAAAUAAAUACUUACAAAACGAAGAUACAAAAUUAAAACUCAUCAACGAGUUUAACCCGAACAAUCAACAUCCGUCGGUUGGUUUCAUCAGCAACAAUCCACAUCAACCACUCUCCAAUCAACAACUCCAACAAUAACUUCCUACAAUCUGUCCCCUUUUGCUGAAGUAUUUACCCCAACAACAGUGAAAAAGAAAAGCUUCAAUGUUGAAUAUGCACUUUCCUGUUCUUCUCAAUACCUAUCUGCUUUUGACUUUAGUUUAUUAUCCGAUAUUGUUAAUGAGUGGUUUUCUCUACCUACUCUCUCUGCUUGUUGUUCUCACUGGAAAACCUUCAGUAAUGCUUGUACUUAUUCGCUGUCUCCUCAAUUUCAGAUUCUUCUUUUCAAUGUAAGAGGACUAAAAGGAAGGUGGGAAGAAGUCUUACUAUUAGCUGAGAAAUACCAAGUAGACUGCAUUAUCUUAACCGAAAUAGGAGCAAUCGAACAAACACAAAUAAAACAGAUUUUCGUCAAUUUUAAGUUUUUCUACCAAAAAGGGGAAAAUUCGUGGGGAGGCGUCCUGAUGUUGUUUAGACUGAGUAUACCAAUAGUACACAUAAAAUCCGAUAUUCCUAAUGUAUGUGUUGUUGAAGUUAAACUUGAAAGAACAAUACGUAUAAUCGGUGUUUAUGCUCCGAAGAGUAAAACAUGGGAAUGGGACCACCUUUCUCGAUACAUCACCGACGAAUGUUGUAUAUUCGGAGAUUUUAACAUCGAUCUAGAGAGUAAGGCUGAUGAGAGAUUUGCUAAAAGUUUAUUGGAUUGGUCUGGAGCACUAGCACUUGCUCCAGUUGUGCACAACUCCCCCACAUCCCUUCGAUCCGAUAGGAUUAUUGACUAUGGAUUCACACGUAGUAUCCCGCUUACGAUUCAAACUUGUGUUGAUAACACUACCAGUGAUCAUAAACCGAUCCCGGGAGUACUAAAUUGUGAAAGCAAGAAAAAUGCAUUAGGUAGUGAUACACACUGGAAAGUCUUUCACUAUUUUCUCGCAAUGACCUCAGAAUUUUGGGAGCAUGAAAGUAAGCUCUGCUCGACCAAUGAGUAUUAUAAGAACUUUGUCACUCCACUGGAUUGCCUAAAAACUCGAUGUACAAGCUUUUUUCCGAUAAAUAAGUACCGCACUGCGAUUCCAAAGGAACUGAGAAUGAAAUUAUCCUAUGUACGUGCCUUAUCAUUUCAACAUAAAAGAACGGGAGAUGUUCUAUUGCACCAAAAAAUCAAAGAAAUGAGAAGAAUAAAUAGGAAAGAGUUGAUUGCAUUCCGUUCAGGAAAACUAACAAAUGCACUAAAGGAAAGAUUUACCUCAUCGCCCAGUUCAAAUUUAUUUUGGUCCAAACUGAGGAAAAACUUUAAAAUGACUAACUCGCUCAAUGCUUUUAUAGACGAAAACAAUGAGCCCGUCAAGGAUGCUGACGGUAUGCUCGAACUUGCUGCUUCUCACUGCGAAAAGCUCUUCUGUGAAGCUCAUAUAUAUCGCCCACAUCCCUAUACAGAUAGUCCGGAGCUACACUGGGAUAAUUAUGAGGACCCGAUCCCCCCCCCCCCCCCCAUUUCUAUGCCUGAACUCAUAAAAGCUAUAUCUAAGGUGAAGAAAAAACAUUCCACUGAUGCACAUGGCAUAUCAGCUUAUAUGUUCCAAUUUAUUCCUAAUACAUACCUGAGAGCACUACUGGAGUUAUAUAAUGAAUCACUUGCCACAUACACGACACCAUCCUAUUGGAAACACGUUAAGAUGAAGUUGCUACCCAAAAAGGAAUCGAUUUGCUACGUGAAAGACACUAGACCGAUUUCUCUAUUAGAUAUUUUCCUAAAGAUUCUCGAACGGUUGUUUCUUAUUCGAUUUCAGCACGUACUUAAAAACAGAGGUAUCCUGAACGACUCACAAUCAGAUUUUAGAUCAAAUUUUAGGUUACAGACUCGUGUCCUCAAUUUGAUCGAUCAAAUCUCUUCCUUAAUGAGUACAAGCACACCCGUACCCACGGUCUUCGUAGAUUUCAAACAGGCUUUCGACCAGCUCUGGUGGACUGGAUGCCUAGGCAAACUAACUCGUCUGGGAAUACCAAAAGCAUACGUGAUGUGGAUUGAUUGCUGGUUAAAGGACAGAUCGGGUUUUAUUGAAAUGAAAGAAAAACGUUCAAGGCUCUUCCCGAUCGCCAAAGGAGGACCUCAAGGUUCAUGCUUGACCCCCGCUAUCUUUAUUACGUACCACAGCGAUAUGUGGACCUUCCUGGAAAGUACUCUGCCUAACUUUUUUGCAGACGAUUUAGCAUGUGUGCUGGGAGGUAUGAUGGGAACCAAGUACUUACAGCAGUGUCUCGACCUAGAGUCGAAACUCAAGAAAUUGCUUGAGUACCACGAGUAUUAUGCCACCUUAUCGGUACAACCGAUAAAUUAUGAAAAAACCGAACUACUUUGGUCGGCACGCGCUGUUGGUAGUCCUAGAUUUGAUAUCGCAAUGGGAGAUCAUAAAUUAGCUUGGGUCAAGAGUUUUAGAUAUCUCGGUUACCACAUAUCGUGCAAACUUGGCUGGAACAAGAUGAUUUCUUUGUACAAAAGUAAAAUUAGACAAAGAGUAGCCAUAGUGAAGUCAUGUCAUAUGUCGGCCUGUCCACGUAACUGCGUACAUUAGUGGGCGAAGUUGACCAACGCUGUUAAGUAAAACUAAUAUCACCAUCGUGCAGAGCAAGAUCGAAAUCACUCAGAAAUAUGUUCUUUUACUUCACAGAUCUGCAUUAUCGUGUGAAAAUUUAUCAUACAAAAAGUGUGAGUCUCAGAAGUCUCGAAUGAACAAAAUUAUGACAGAUUCUAGUUUUGAAAUCUUUUUUCCAAAUAGAUGUGCUUUUUUGGAACUCUUUAUAUGAAGUAGUACUACGGUCAACAGAGUAUAUGUUUAUGAAAAGAAAAGUUUGAUCCGUUGUUUCUUUGUGAAGUUAUCUAAGUUUGUAAACAUGGCACAUUGAUGAUGGUGAUUCCAUCACGAUAUUCAUCCAUAAUUCAUUUCUGGUAAAAUACAAGUGGUUUCGUUUUCUCAAAAGUGGUAUUCUAAAGAAAAAUUUUUAUGCUCUAUAUGUUGCUUUAGUUGGCGGGUUUUCAAAACGUUUUAAGGAAUUACGAACAAUGUGACGGAAUCACCUCAAAAGACCAAGUUUUUAUGACGGAUAAUAAUGAGAUCAUUUUUUCCAUACAAAACACGGGUAACGUUUUCCUGAGAUUUUGGCCCACUGUAAAAAUAAAGGCUGUUCCGAGUGAAACUUUCAGCAAAUACUCAGCUAUAUACCAGUAGCCACCACACAAAAUUUCAACUUGAUCCGUUGAACUUUUCCUUUACUUUCACCAUGCCCUAAAUGUGCAUAUAAAUAUCCUAUAGGGGUUAUCUUGUGGGCCCUCGUUCUCGACUAUACGAUUCAGAACCGGAGCCAUUUUCUUAGGGUCACUAGGAAUCACUGAGGGCUACAAUAUUGCAAGGACAUGAGGUCCAGAAAAAAUCUGUCUUCAUAUCCAUUUGAAGUACACAGUGUCAAAAAUUCUUGAAAAAUCCCUCUAGAGAUAACCUUGUUUACCUUCGUUCUCUAUUAUACAAUUCAGAACCGGAGCCACUUUUUCAGGGUCACUAGGAAUCACUGAGGGCUACAAUAUUGCAAGGACAUGAG